AGUAGGCUUCUGACAGAGGAAGCACUCUUCCGAACCUAGAACCUUGCAUUCACAGAGUUUCUCUUUAUUGGUGGGAGUUCACUAGGGUCUGGAAAGCUUGGUUAUUUCUCUGGGUUAACUUUUAACCAUGAUUUCUUGAGGUCUUGUAGAUGAUAUUCUCCAGAUUCUCAGAAGGAAGUCAAGAGUUAAGGAGACUUGGAGAGGAACCUUUCUUAAAAGACAACAAUGACAAGAGAAAAUUGGGCCCACAGUGCUCUGAGACAAGAAGGUCUUGUGAAAGGAAAGGAUGAUACCUGGAAAUGGGGAACCAGCUUCCAAGGUAGCAGCUCUUCUGUUUGGGAGACCUCCCACCUGCACUUUAGACAGUUACGUUACCAUGAGACAUCUGGACCCCAGGAGGCUCUGAGCCGCCUCCGGGAACUCUGUCGCCGGUGGCUGAGGCCAGAAGCACGCACCAAGGCACAGAUCUUGGAGCUGUUGGUGCUGGAGCAGUUUCUGAGCAUCCUUCCUGGGGAGAUUCGGACCUGGGUGCAGCUCCAUCGCCCUGGGAGUGGCGAGGAGGCUGUGGCCCUGGUAGAGGAGCUGCAGAAAGACCUUGAUGGACCAGCACUAAAAGUGAGGAAGGUUCCAGUCUUUGUCAAGGAUCAGGAAAUUCUUCAGGAGAUGAGCACUCUAGGAACAAUACCUCCUAUACCCACUGGCAGUCACAUAGCAGCUGAAAUUUGCCCCAGUCUUACUGAACAAAUGGUGUUCAACCUCCAGGAUCCUCAACAUGAUUCUCCUGCCCAUGAAGCUGCUAACCUUUCCCAAGAAGAGAACCCAAGAAAUCAAUUAAUGGCACUUAUGCUCCUAACAGCUCAGCCCCAGGAAUUGGUGAUGUUUGAGGAGGUGUCAGUGUGCUUCACUUCAGAGGAAUGGGCUUGUCUAGGCCCAAUUCAGAGGGCCUUGUACUGGGACGUUAUGCUGGAGAAUUAUGGAAAUGUGACCUCCCUAGAAUGGGAGAGCAUGAUCGAGAAUGAGGAAGUGACAUCAAAGCCAAGUAUUUCUCAAAGAGCAGACUCUCAGAAGGGAACAUCAAAAAGACUUCAAGGAGGUGUUCCCCAGGUCCCUGAUUUUGAGGAAGAGUGUGAAUGGCAAGUUUUGUCAAGUCAGUGGGAAAAUGAAAUGGGGGGAAAGACAGAUACUGUGAAGAAAAGUUCCCUUUGUGAACAGGACAGGAAGAAAAGAACUGCUCCACCAGAAAAACAAGGCCAAAUGUGGAAAGAAUUUGGAGAAAGCGUGACUUUAGAUUCAGCUAUUUCUGAAAGUUUAGUAGGUACUGAAGGAAAGAAGUUUUAUAGAUGUGAUAUAUGUUGUAAACAUUUCAACAAAAUCUCCCACCUUAUAAACCAUCGGAGAAUCCACACUGGUGAGAAACCUCAUAAAUGUAAGGAGUGUGGAAAAGGCUUUAUUCAGCGCUCAAGCCUACUCAUGCAUUUACGGAACCAUUCUGGGGAGAAACCUUAUAAAUGUAAUGAAUGUGGGAAAGCAUUUUCUCAAAGUGCUUACCUUCUAAACCAUCAGAGAAUUCACACUGGGGAGAAACCUUACAAAUGCAAGGAGUGUGGAAAGGGCUUCUAUAGACACUCAGGCCUUAUUAUACAUCUAAGGCGCCAUUCAGGGGAGAGACCUUAUAAGUGUAAUGAGUGUGGGAAAGUUUUUUCUCAGAAUGCUUACCUCAUUGACCAUCAAAGACUCCACAAAGGGGAAGAACCUUAUAAAUGUAAUAAGUGUCAGAAAGCUUUCAUUCUAAAGAAGAGCCUCAUUCUGCACCAGAGAAUCCACUCUGGGGAAAAACCCUAUAAAUGUGAUGAAUGUGGAAAAACCUUUGCUCAGACCACUUACCUUGUUGACCAUCAACGACUCCACAGUACAGAGAACCCUUAUAAGUGUAAAGAAUGUGGAAAAGUUUUUAUUCGAAGUAAAAGCCUCCUCUUACACCAGAGAGUCCACACAGAAAAAAAAACCUUUGGUUGUAAAAAGUGUGGGAAGAUUUUCAGUUCUAAAUCAAACCUCAUUGACCAUAAGAGGAUGCACAGCAGAGAGAAACCCUAUAAAUGCUCUGAAUGUGGGAAAGCCUUCACUCAGAGUGCUUACCUUUUUGACCACCAGAGACUCCACAAUGGGGAGAAGCCUUAUGAAUGUAAUGAAUGUGGGAAAGUUUUUAUUCUGAAAAAGAGCCUCAUCUUACAUCAAAGGUUCCACACUGGAGAGAAUCUCUAUGAAUGUAAGGAUUGUGGGAAGGUCUUUGGUUCUAACAGAAACCUCAUUGAUCACGAGAGGCUCCAUAAUGGGGAGAAGCCAUAUGAAUGUCGAGAGUGUGGGAAAACCUUUAUAAUGAGCAAAAGUUUCAUGGUCCAUCAGAAACUCCAUACGCAAGAGAAAGCCUACAAAUGUGAGGAUUGUGGGAAGGCUUUCAGCUAUAAUUCAAGCUUGCUUGUACAUCGGAGAAUCCACACUGGAGAAAAGCCUUUUGAAUGUAGUGAAUGUGGAAGAGCUUUCAGUUCAAACAGAAACCUUAUUGAACAUAAGAGAAUCCACAGUGGUGAGAAACCCUAUGAGUGUAAUGAGUGUGGCAAAUGUUUCAUUCUGAAGAAAAGCCUCAUUGGACAUCAGAGAAUUCACACAAGGGAAAAAUCUUAUAAAUGCAAUGACUGUGGGAAAGUCUUCAGUUACCGCUCAAACCUUAUAGCCCAUCAGAGAAUCCACACUGGUGAGAAGCCCUAUGCAUGUAAUGAAUGUGGGAAAGGCUUUACUUACAACAGAAACCUUAUUGAACAUCAGAGAAUUCACAGUGGGGAAAAAACCUAUGAAUGUCAUAUAUGUAGAAAAGUUCUUACCUCUAGCAGAAAUCUUAUGGUACAUCAAAGAAUCCAUACUGGAGAGAAACCUUAUAAAUGUGAUGAGUGUGGAAAAGACUUUAGUCAGAAUAAAAAUCUUGUUGUACAUCAGAGAAUGCACACUGGGGAAAAACCUUAUGAGUGUGAGAAGUGUAGGAAGUCCUUUACUUCUAAGAGGAAUUUAGUUGGCCACCAGAGAAUCCACACAGGAGAGAAACCCUAUGGGUGUAAUGAUUGUAGUAAAGUUUUUAGGCAAAGAAAAAACCUUACCGUACAUCAGAAAAUUCAUACAGAUGAAAAACCUUGUGAAUGUGAGGAGUCUGAAAAAGAGUACUCUCAGACUUCAAAAAUUCAUGUUCCACAAAAAAUCCAUACUGUGGAGGAAUUCUCUUGGCUACAAAAUGCCAAUGAGUCCAAGGUAGACAUUCAGAAAAUCUAAUGUCAUAUGUAAAAUGGAGUAUUAAUUCCUGACUAAGUAAUUGUUGGAGGGAUGAUAAAUAUUUCUUCUAAGGAAAAAUACUUAAGAUCAGCGCUUUCAUAGACAAAUGAGUUGCAUAUAGAAAAAAGUUAAUCUAGACUUUUAAGUCUAUAAAAUAAACACAAUUCAAAUCUAUAACAUUGUAGGUAUAAAUGAUAGCAAAAAUGUCUUUGUAUUAAGAAGUGGACAUUGUUUCUGAAAAUAUAUAUAAUAUGCAUUUUAAAGAUAGCAACACUGCAAUAGAAAGUCUAUAUAAACACAUGGUCCAGAAUGUGAAAUGGGGAGUUGGGUGAAUAAGAGUCUGCUGUUUGAACACAACCUAAGAAGAGCACUGGAUGUGGAAUCAAAAGACCUAGGUUUGUGUCUGGCUUUUUCUUAUUACCUAUCUGAUGUUAUUAAGUGAGCCUCUAAGCGUCAAUUUCUCUGUCAGUCAAAUGUUGACAUAUCACGUACCUCACAGGGUUGCUGUGAGUGUUAAAUGAAAGGAUAUUUGUAAAAGAACUUUGUGAAAUUAUUCAGUUGUCAAUUAAAUUAGAUA